AUGGCCUCGUCGUCCGCGUCCUACGCCGAUUGCGUCUCGUCGCUACGGACGUCGCUCAAAUUCCUCGAGUCCUCUGUUGAAACGCUCGACGAGGGUGUCUCUGACUUUCCGCGCCUGAUCAAUGUCCUCAAGUCUGUGCGGCAUUAUGAACUGGUUCCUCAGCCAAAGCUAGCCGCUGCAGAGGCGUCUCUGCGAGAUGAGAUUGGCCCCUACAUUGCCUUUCUGCUUUCGCGAGCAGACGCGCAGACGGAGAGGCAAGAGCGUCGCAUAGAGACGCUCAAGGCUCGAUCGGACCUUCAACAGGGCCGCAUCGCCAAGCCUGAUGCCGGCUCGGCUGCGGCGGCGCGGCAACAGAAGAAUCGCAUACUGAGCUCCGAGGACAAGCUACGUGCGCGAGCCAUUCGGCAGCGCAAAGAGGCGCUUCGCUACGGCGUCGAGCGACUCGAGCUGGAGGUGCUGCAAAAGGAGAGGGAGCUGCGGCGGCGACUGGACAGCUAA